AUGGCGGACAAAUUACCAUACACACCUCGCACCCCUAACACACCUUCAUAUUAUAAAGAAACAGAAUUUUCUAAUGAAUUUACCAGCAGUUUAAUAAAUUCAAAUGAUAUCUACAAGGAUGCCAAUAAAGCUUUAUGGGAUACAAUCAACCACUAUCAAUUACAACUCACAGCUUUAAGAAAAGAUCACCAAAUAGUGGUAUUAGAAUGUAAAACUGAAGAACGAAAAAAAAAUCUACUUGAGGAAUUUCUUCCUUCAGAUAAUUUUAACGAACAUAAAAUUCGUAAAUAUUACGAUGAAGUAUACAUCUCACCUGAUCGCAAUUACAUCUUGACCAAACCUGCAUACAUUCAAGAAGAUAUUAUAAAGUUAGAUAAAAAACAUGAAAAAAUACCUAUUGUCAGCGAUCGAUAUAUCUUAUUUCAUUCUAAGAUAAUUCAUGAUUUUUACAAUUCAAAGGCUGAACGACAAAAAGAACUAUUAAUGAAAAAUAGAUACGAUGGUACCCUUUACUGGGUUUCAAGUG